AGUCCUUAGAGGAGGACCAGCGGUUCCCGGAACGGCCUCGGGAGCGCGGGUUGUCGGUGUCGCUCACCUCCCGGGAGUCCGGCAGCGGCACGGACCCGCGGAGGAGCGAGCUGGACGCGGCGGGAGGCGGCAGGCUGUGGGGGACCUGCGAGUGGCCGGGCGCCACUUCGGCACCGAGCUCCGACAGGUCCUCCUCAGGGCCCAGGGCCGUCCCGGCCGGGCAGCCACGGCGAGACGCCGCUCCUGACGUCCACCGCCGGUCCUUCCUCACCUGGGCCGGGGGUACUUGGCCGCGGGAACGCCUCUGAGGACACAGCACUAAGCAAGAACCAACAGUGGUGUGUUGGAGAUUCUGAGCAAUCAAAAUGCAACCAGACAUGUCCUUGGACGAUAUUAAGAUGGCAUCCAGUGACCUGCUGGAGAGGGCAGACCUAGACAGCGGAGGCUUCGGGAAGGUGUCCUUGUGUUUCCACAGAAGCCAUGGAUUUGUCAUCCUGAAAAAAGUAUACACAGGGCCCAACCGUGCUGAGUACAAUGAGGUUCUCUUUGAAGAGGGGAAGAUGAUGCACAGACUGAGACACAGUAGAGUGGUGAAGCUACUGGGCAUCAUCAUAGAAGAAGGGAAUUAUUCGCUGGUGAUGGAGUACAUGGAGAAGGGCAACCUGAUGCACGUGCUAAAGACCAAGAUAGGUGUCCCACUUUCCUUGAAAGGAAGGAUAAUCGUGGAGGCCAUAGAAGGCAUGUGCUACUUACAUGACAAAGGCGUGAUACACAAGGACCUGAAGCCUGAAAAUAUCCUCGUCGACCGUGACUUUCACAUUAAGAUAGCCGAUCUUGGUGUGGCUUCCUUUAAGACAUGGAGCAAACUAACUAAGGAGGAAGACAACAAGCAGAGAGAAAUGAGCAGCACCGUUAAGAAGAACAACGGAGGUACCCUCUACUACAUGGCACCCGAACACCUGAAUGACAUCAAUGCAAAGCCCACGGAGAAGUCGGACGUGUACAGCUUUGGCAUUGUCCUUUGGGCAAUAUUUGCAAAUAAGGAGCCCUAUGAGAAUGUCAUCUGUACUGAGCAGUUCGUAAUCUGCAUAAAAUCUGGGAACAGGCCAAAUGUGGAGGACAUCAUUGAGUACUGUCCAAGGGAGAUCAUUGGCCUCAUGGAGCGGUGUUGGCAGGCGACCCCAGAAGACAGGCCAACAUUUCUUGGCAUUGAAGAAGAAUUUAGGCCUUUUUAUUCAAGUCAAUUUGAAGAAUAUGUAGAAGAGGAUGUGGCAAGUUUAAAGAAAGAGUAUCCAGACCAAAGCCCAGUUUUGAAGAGAAUGUUUUCUCUGCAGCAUGACUGUGUACCCUUACCUCCGAGCAGGUCAAAUUCAGAACAACCUGGAUCACUUCACAGUUCCCAGGGACUCCAGAUGGGGCCUGUGGAGGAGUCCUGGUUUUCUUGCUCCCCAGAGUACCCACAGGAAGAGAAUGAUCGCAGUGUACAGGCUAAGCUGCAAGAGGAAGCCAGCUAUCAUGCUUUUGGAAUAUUUACAGAGAAACAGACAAAACCGCAGCCAAGGCAGAAUGAGGCUUACAACAGAGAGGAGGAAAGGAAACGAAGGGUCUCCCAUGACCCCUUUGCACAGCAGACAGCUCGUGAGAAUAUUAAGAGUGCAGGAGCAAGAGGUCUUUCUGAUCCCAGCACAACCAGUCGUGGAAAUGCAACACAACAGCUGUCAUGGCCGGCCACCCAUACAGUUUGGAACAAUGGAGUAUAUAAUCAGCAUGGGUUUGGAACUACAGGUACAGGAGCUUGGUGUCGGCCAAAUCCAAGCCAAAUGUAUAGUACUUAUAAAACUCCAGUGCCAGAGACCAACAUACCAGGAAACACACCCACCAUGCCAUACUUCUCCAGGCCAGUAGCAGAUGACCUCAUAAAAUGUACUAUAUUCAAUAGUUCUGGUAUUCAGAUUGGAAACUACAAUUAUAUGGAUGUUGGACUGAAUUCACAACCACCAAACAACACUUGCAAAGAAGAGUCGGCUCCCAGGCACCAAGCCAUCUUUGAUAAUGCCACUAGUCUGACUGAUAAACACCUGAACCCUAUCAGGGAAAACCUGGGAAAGCAGUGGAAAAACUGUGCCCGCAAGCUGGGCUUCACUGAGUCUCAAAUCGAUGAAAUCGACCAUGACUAUGAAAGAGAUGGACUGAAAGAGAAAGUUUACCAAAUGCUUCAGAAGUGGCUGAUGCGGGAAGGCACCAAGGGGGCCACAGUGGGAAAGUUGGCCCAAGCACUUCACCAGUGUUGCAGGAUUGACCUGCUGAACCACUUGAUUCGUGCCAGCCAGAGCUAAGCCUGGGCGGGCUCUGGCAGUGGGAAGCAAGCUGUUCAUCUGGUGCACAAACCCCAUUUGCCCCCUAGCCUUCAGAACUCUAUCUCAGCAUGAGCUCUGCAUCUGACCACACAGGGUCAUGCAGUUUGGAACUGGUGACUGGGAAGAGAAAUCUGAACCCCACGGUGAUUCUUCAGAACAUACAAGCAUAAAGACUGCUGAAUGAAUGGUCCAUGACCAGUAGGAG